ACCCCGUGGUAGGCAUCAUCGAGUGUUACUAGCUGUGUAAAUAAGUCCAACAUUUGUUGCACUGUUCCGUUCGCUCUUUCUACCUACAUCUCGUCGCAAACCAUACAUCAUCAUGUUCGUCGAAUGGUUCGUGUGACCGUCAUAAAUCAAUCAGUGUGACAGAGGAGGAGCGGAGGUCCAUCGCAAACACCUGCGCAAACGAGUGCCAAGGAUGUGACGACGGUCGCAAGUGUGUUAUGCAGUCGCUUGUCGCUUCUUUUUAUUUGCACCGAACACCGGCCCGAAAGCGAAAAGGCCUGCGACGACACCGGGGGAUCUUUGUUACAUCACCGCCAGCCUUGCCGCGCCCGGUGACCAUCACACCACACCACAGCCACCGGGUCCCCUUUUCCUGGCCUAUUUCCGGAAACAUUCGUCGCCGCAACAAGUGCCAAAGUUGGCCGAAAACUGUCCCAUAUUUUCACGUACACCGAUACUGUCGCAGUUGGCCAACGUACAAGCUAUGUGAACGGCCACUUUUCCUGCAUCACCGACGUCAAUCCCGACCCAUAUGCGGGGGGCCGAUCUUUGAACCUUUCGCUCGGCGAGAGGACGGCGCAAAAGCGCAAACGCGAUCCGCAUAAACAUCGAAGCCCCGAAAUACUACUACUACGGGUUUCGUUUGGUAUUUGAUCAUUUCCGCCGCCCUCUUCUUGUUCGGCCCCCCCCGUUCCGAGAUACCGGCACGGCCGGCGUGCAUUCGCUGGUAUUUUGUGUAUUGCGUUUUCGGUCGGUUGAUCUUUGGCAGCAGCAGCAGCUUUCACGCAACGCGCUUCGUCGGUCGUCGUAAAACAUCGUGUUCGGUAUUUUUGUUCCUUACGCCGCAGUUUGCCGCUGCUACGGACGGCGUGUCCUGCCCUGGCCGAGAGAGCUGCCAGUUGAGUUUGGUUUUUGAACGCAACUAGAACGUUUUCAUUCGCAACACUUGCAGAAUCCGCCAAGCUCCUCCAAUCAAUCGCUGGCGCAACACGAUCGACCUGAAACGCAAUCAUUGGCGCCAGCGCGAGGUUGUUUUGAUUCGCACGAGUGCGUCGAGGAUACCAGCAUUGUAAUUUCCCUCGUCGUCGUUGUUGUUGUUGGUGUGGUGGUGGUUAGUGGUUUGUUGGGCGCCGGUUGGCUGUGGUGGUAGUGGUGGCCGUCGCGUAGCGGCGCAGGUGUCCGCCGGGCCGGCUCCAACAUUAUCAUCGCGGUUCGCGGUGUCAUCAGUUCGAUCCCAGCGGCCCUACCUCGCGCAGGCAUGUACUGGUCCUACCGGCGGCGCGUUCUCAAAAGGUGAUUACGACGAGAUAAGAAAGAAUUUGCGAUCUGUCACUGCUUCCGGGAACAAUCGCGCGUAGUGUGCGCCGCUAAAGGGAGUCGCCCUUUUUUGUUUCACCGCCAGCUAUCGACAUCUCCAUGACAACGCAAUACCCGCGAUAGCUUGGCUCGCGAGUGUGUGCGUGCGCGUUGCAACAAGUUUUCGCCCGGAAUGACAGAUGCUCGCGGUUCGCGCUGGUGAAUCAUACGGAUUUUAUUGUUGGACCGCGGCGGCGGCGAGUGCACACCGAGAAUAGCGGACGUUGCUGGCGGUCUGGCCGUGUAGCUCGUGAAUCAGUGCUUUGUGUUGGACACAAAAGAAGGAAACCCAUCCGAGACGCGAGGACCUCUACGAUCGCGGCUGAUUGCGAUGCAGGAGUGGCGCGUGUGGACGCGUGUAUUGAAGAGCUUAUUUUGUCACUAGUAAAUCUUGCGUAAACGUGUCCAUCCUACGGACGGCGAAGCCAGCGUGCUGCUCCCGUGGCGCUUGUCUCUCACCACAGCCGAGAAGCGCUGCGUGCUGCGUGUUGGCCGUUAAAUUGCUUACGCUACGCUCUUGUUUGUCCCGUUAAAGGGUUGUGCGCUUGUGUGUUUUGCGUGUGUAGUUGUGUACGGGUGGUUUUGUUCCCAUAGUGCCCACCGUACCGUGUGAAUCCUUAAUUUCCCUUUCGCCUUUCGGGCGGCUGCGAUCCUUGCCAAGACAAAGGGAUCCUCGUAGCCUACUCUGGACUCUCUACUGCUAUUGCGCUCUCUCGCUCUCUCUCUCUUUCUCUUCGCCUGUCGGGUGUGUUUCAAGCUCCAAAUCUCCAAAGACACAAAAACCAAAGCAAACAUGGUACGAUUCGAUCUCGACCGGCUCAUUACCGAUCUCUUCAAGACCACGGUCCUGCCCGGGAUGGCCGUGGUGCUCUGGUUGACCGAUCUGAUCGGGCUGCUGACAUGCAAGAUCGCGCUGCUAGUGUUUGUGGUCCUGUUCGUCGUGAUGCCGAUCAUCUUCAAGUUUUCGUACGCGAUGCAAAAGAGCAUACUGUUCCUUACUUUCAUAACGUACCCACCGAACCUGGAUCUGAAGCGGCCCGAAAAGAGUGGACUGUACGCGACCAGGAACUUCUACAUCAACUACCGUGACCAGGAGGAAGAUAUCGAUGUCGAUAUCGCGGUCUGGCACGUGCUGCCGAACGAUCUGGUUCGCCGCUACGCCAAGGAGCUUCACGUUGACGAGGACACCAUCGCUAACGGAACGGUGGUAACGGCGCAGGAAGACUACAGCAGCAGCAGCAGCGGCAUCCAACGGGGUGGAAGCAUCCCUUUGGCGACCCCGGCCACAACUGACGACGAUCGUUACCGUCCGAUCGAGCGCGUCCUGCGCUCGGAAGGGUUCGAUCCGCACGACGAGCGCCACCAGAAGGCCCUGUUCGAGGAGAGCCUACGGGCGACGACGAACGAUGUGGUGCUGUACCUGCACGGUAACACGGCUUCCCGUGGGGCCACGCACCGUGUGGAGCUGUACAAAAUGUUGCGUGCCCACAACUAUCACGUCGUGGCGAUGGACUAUCGGGGCUACGCAGAUUCGGCCAACCUGUCACCGACGGAACGGGGCGUCGUGUACGAUGCGCUCGCCGUCUACCAGUACAUCACGAGCAUCACGAAGAAUCCGGUCUAUCUGUGGGGCCACUCGCUGGGAACGGGUGUUUCGACCCACCUGCUGUCACUGGUGACCGAGAUGAGCCUGCCGGGGCCACGGGCAGUGGUACUGGAGAGCCCGUUCAACAACAUCCGGGAGGAGAUCUGUGCCCAUCCGUUCUCGAAGUUGUAUCGUCACCUGCCGUGGUUCGAUUACACCGUCUCGGUCCCGAUGUACAACAAUAUGCUGCGCUUCGAGUCCGACCAGCACAUUGCGGAGUUCCGGCAGCCGGUGUUGAUCCUUCACGCCGAGGACGAUCUAGUUGUGCCAUUCGACUUAGGCUAUAAGCUCUAUCGGAAAGCGCUCGAUACGCGCGGCAAAUCCUGGGGACCGAUCGAGUUUCAUCGUUUCGAAAAGUCCAGCCACUACGGUCACAAGCACAUCUGUCGGGCACCGAAUCUGCCCGAGAUUGUCGUGCGCUUUUUCCAUGCCUAUCGCGACGAGCAGUACUAAAUGCCAAAGGAAUUGAACGAAAGUAAAAUGUGACAAUACGCACUCUAUGGAGACGGAGAAGAAGGAUAUUCCCUUUCAUUACCACUAAGUGCAGUACGAGGAAAACAACAAAUCAGUACAGUAAGUAAUACCGAUGAGUAACGUAGGGCAGGGAACGGCACAAUGCCGCCCCUGUGGUGUGUGCAGAGGAGGCGCAUCGUGCUUACUGAAUCGCUGGGGAUCACGAUCUUCGUGAUCGCACGAUCGCGGUUGCUGAGUUUUGGGUCCGCCUGUAGGUGCGCGUGUUUGUUUGUGUUGACCAAAUACCCACGGUGCACCCAAGGCAUCCGUCAGAGACGUCCGUAUGCUGUAGAUCAGCCGGGCCGGUGGUGGCGGCCGGCACAGAGAGCAGGUAUUAGUGUGUAACAAUGUUUUAGAUGAACUAUUGAGCAAGGACUAUGUUAUUCAAUAAAUAGUAGACCU